CUAUGCCACCAUGAGAUUGUCCUAUAAAAGGCCCCAAAAACAAAGAAACAGUUUUCUUACUGCUCUCGAACCAAACAGAGUUUUCUAGAGAAAAGAAAAGAGUCUUACACCCUCUCAAAAUGAGUCUCUUCACAAAAGCCUUACCCUUCGGUUCUCCGGCCACGGUGACCGGACUGCUCGCAUUUCUGUUCGCUGUUUUGUUCAUGGCACCUCAAGUCUCCGCUAAGCGUUGGAUUGUUGGAGGAAAGAUGGGUUGGACUACAAAUGUUAACUAUACUAUUUGGGCUCAGGACAAGCACUUCUACAAUGGCGAUUGGCUCUUUUUUGUUUACGACAGGAACCAGAACGACGUUAUAGAGGUGAACAAAACUAAUUACGAAACGUGCAAUGCCGAGCACCCUGUUCACAACUGGACUACAGGAGCUGGAAGGGAUGUGACCCCAUUGAAUGUGACUCGACAUUACUAUUUCAUAAGCAGCAAAGGGUCCUGUUAUGGUGGCAUGAAGGUAGCAAUCCGAGUUGAAAACCUUCCUCCUCCACCUUCAGGUGCACCAUUAAAAGAGAAGAAUACCGCUACAAAAUCUACACACCAGAGCCUAUUCAUUUUACCGGUUGUUUUCGCCAUUGGAGCAGCAUGGGACGCCUUUCUUCGUUUCGGCUUGUAGUUUCAUUGUGGUUUUUUCCACUAUUCAUGAGUGACAUUAUUAGACUUGCUUAGAUAACGAGGUGAUGAAAUCUCCUUGUGAAAUUUAUUUAUUUUUAACAAAGUUUCUUUCUUUAUUAUGAUUAUUUUCUUGUGGGGGUGUUGGUGAUGAUUAUAUUUAUGUUUACUCCUGUUGUUUGUUCUCCUCAAUAGUUGACCCUUUAAACUAGGACCCUUGUUGGAGUUUAAGGGAGUUGGUGGAGCUUGAAUUUUUGAAAUGUCAAAGGUGUUGCAUUGGUUUGAU